GAUUCUGUUCUUAAGCUUACAGAAAUGAGAACAGUGUUUCUAAAACCCAGGAGCCUGUUGGGUUUCGUUUUCAGGUUUUUACUUUGGGGUCUUGUACAAAUCACUUAACCUUUCUGAUAAUUGUCCUUGGCCUGGAUUAAUUAUCAUCUCUUUCUUUUGUCUAUUCUUUGUACAUCAAAGAGCUUAUCCAGUCAUUUGUAGGAACUGUUAAUUUAAUCAGAAGGAUCGGAAUAGCUGUCCUCUGCUAGAGAAGCUUUGAAGUAUAGACCAUGUUGACUUUAUAUUGCAGACUCUCCACCCCCCCAUACUUGUCAUUGUGAUUCAUACACAGAUUUUUUUGUCCCAGUAUGCCUUCAUAGCUAUUCUUGUCCCUCCUCACUCCCAAUUCAGGAUCCAGUCAGAGAUCACACAAAAAAGUAGUUAGGUAAACUAUAGACUAUAGCAGACAUAACCUAGGAAUGAAAAGCCCUCAUUAAUCUGUUACAAUGCCAUCUCCUUAGAUGAACUUUCUAUUCUCGUGCUAGGUUCCUCUGGGUGGCAGCUCAGAAUGAUGGAUCAAGCCAGAUCAGCAAUCUCCAACCUGUUUGGUGGCGAACCAUCGUCGUAUACCCGCUUCAGUAUGGCUCGGCAAAUGGACGGAGAUAACAGCCUCGUGGAGAUGAAACUGGCCGCAGAGGACGACGAAAGUGCCGACAACAUCAGGAAUCACCCUCCCAGAGCCACAAAGCCAAAAAGGUUUAGGAGUAAUCUCUGCUAUGGUGUUAUUGCUGUAAUCCUCUUCUUCUUGAUCGGAUUUAUGAUUGGCUACUUGGGCUAUUGUAAACGUGGAGAGCCAGUAGCUAACUGCGGAGGAGUGUCAGUAGGAGUGACCACGGACCCGGAUGAGUCACAGGCCUCGGACACAUUUGAGCUACCUGCCCUACCUUCUCACUUGUUUUGGGGAGAUCUCAAGAAACUUUUGUCCCAGAAACUGGACCAUACGGAGUUCACCAGCACCAUCGAACAACUGAACUCCUAUAACCCUCGUGAAGCGGGAUCUCUAAAGGAGGAAAGCCUCGCACUUUAUAUGGAAAGGAAAUUCCAGGACUUUCAGUUCAGCAAAGUCUGGCGGGAUGAACAUUACGUUAAGAUUCAAGUUAAAAACAGCAUUGCCUCAAACGUGGUGAGCAUUGUAAAUGGGACGGGGACCACACUCUCCGUGGUGGAGAACCCUCAGGGUUACGUGGCGUAUAGCAAGGCUGCAACAGUUAUUGGCAAACUUGUCCAUGCAAAUUUUGGCCUGAAAGAAGACUUCGAGGCCCUCGGCCCUCUUGAGAAUGACUCCUUAGUGAUCGUUAGGGCAGGGAAAAUCCCUUUUGCCGAAAAGGUUGCAAAUGCUGAACGCUUUAAUGCGAUUGGAGUCUUGAUUUACUUGGACUUCGCCGACGUGGACAUCGCUGAAGCAAAACUAUCAGUCUUUGGACAUGCUCAUCUGGGAACAGGAGACCCGUACACACCUGGCUUCCCUUCCUUCAACCACACUCAGUUCCCACCAUCUCAGUCAUCAGGAUUGCCUGGUAUACCUGUGCAAACGAUUUCCAGAUUCGCUGCAGAACAGCUGUUUAAUUCUGAAAAUAUGGAACAAGACUGCCCUUCUGAGUGGAAAGCAGAUUCUGCAUGUAAGAGAAAGUCCCGGCCAGACAGGAACGUGAAGCUCACAGUGAACAAUGUGCUGAAAGAAACAAAAAUUUUGAACAUCUUUGGAGUAAUCAAAGGCAUUGAGGAGCCAGACCGUUAUGUGGUCAUCGGGGCCCAGAGAGAUGCCUGGGGUCCUGGCGCUGCGAAAUCCAGUGUAGGAUCGGCUCUUCUGUUGGAACUUGCACGGAUUAUAUCAGAGAUGGUCAUAAAAGAUGGGUUUAAACCCAGCAGAAGCAUUGUCUUUGCCAGCUGGAGUGCUGGGGAAUUUGGAGCUGUCGGUGCCACUGAAUGGCUCGAGGGAUACUUGUCGAACCUGCAUUUGAAGGCUGUCACUUACAUCAAUCUGGACAAAGCCGUUGUUGGUACCAACAACUUCAAGGUUUUGGCCAGCCCGCUGCUGUACUCCCUUAUUGAGAAAACGAUGCAAGAUGUGAAACACCCACUUACAGGGCGCCUUCUUUAUCGGGACAGCAACUGGGCCAACAAAGUUGAGCCGUUUUCCUUGGAUAAUGCUGCUUAUCCUUUCUUGGCAUAUUCUGGAAUCCCAGCAGUUUCCUUCUGUUUUUGUGAGGACCAAGAGUACCCUUUUCUGGGUACUUCAGGUGAUACCUAUAAAGAGCUGAUUGAGAGAGUUCCUCAGUUGAACAAAAUGGCACGUGCAGCUGCAGAAGUCGCUGGUCAGCUUGUGAUUAAGCUUACACUUGACCUGGAGUUGAACCUGGACUAUGAGCGGUAUAACGACAAAUUGCUUUCCUUUUUGAGAGAUAUCAACCAAUAUAGGACAGACAUAAAGGAGAUGGGCCUGAGUCUCCAGUGGCUGUACUCUGCGCGUGGAGACUUCUUCCGUUCUACAUCCAGGCUCACAACGGAUCUCAGGAACGUUGAGAAAGCGAACAGAUUUAUCAUGCGGGAAAUGAAUGAUCGAAUCAUGAAAGUGGAGUAUCACUUCCUCUCGCCCUAUGUGUCUGCAAAGGAGUCUCCCUUCCGACACAUCUUCUGGGGCUCUGGCUCCCACACUCUGCAGGCCUUACUGGACACCUUGAAGUUGCGUCAGAAGAACAGAAAUGCUUUCAAUGAAACGCUGCUGAGAAACCAGUUAGCUCUUGCUACUUGGACCAUCCAGGGUGCUGCAAAUGUUCUCGCCAGAGACAUCUGGGAGAUUGACAAUGCGUUUUAGAAUCGAUCGUCUGUGACUUAUAGAAGAGCAAGGCGGUCUGGCUCCUAGACUUGUGCUGGUUACACAGAAUGUUCAAUAGGGCUACAAAACUAUUGUCAAAAUGCUACCCCAUCACUUUGGUACUGCUAGAUACCUCUAGUUGGCCCCUUUUAAUGCACUUCAAGUGAGAGUGAGUAAACACUCGUAAAAUGUUCAUGGUAGAAUAUUAUGUCUAGAGUUUAAUUUGUAUUGGUAACUGUCUCUUUCCUUACAGUUAGAGAAAUGUCAUACCUUAAGGUCAGGAUCUGGUAUCUUUGGAGGCGGAAAGAGGGUCACUGCUGCAGGUUCCGCAUGGGAGCUUACGAUGAUCCUCCUCCACCUUCAUUGGAUACCAGAGAGGUGACAACAAAUGAGCUAGAUGCUUCCCUGUCAGGACCUAUCUGGUUUCCACACCCCUGAAUGAAACCGUUAACUGUCAGAAGAAUUGAGCUUCUUCUUUUUUUUUUUUUUUGCCAGCAGGCUGUGAAAAAGAGGCUCUUCCGCUGAGUAAAAUGGGGUUCAACUGUUCAUCACGGGAGGGAGGCCUGUGUGCGUUCAUUUCAAACUUAUCAAGAGUCCAGAAGCCAAAAAACGCAGGCUGUGUCCUCUUCUUCUGUCCCUAGUCCCAUAAGCUGUGACUUUAGAUUUUCGUUUCUGUUGUCAUCCCCCCCCCAAGAGUAUUUUGAAAGAGAAACCAGUGGUGUUUGAUUCAGACUCAGUUUGUCAAGCUUCAAAGAACACACUGCCAAAUGUUGGCCAAAGUGUUAAUCUUGUGGAAAAGCUUUUUUAUCAUUUCAGCACUGAGAUAUUUAUUGUUUAUUUAUCAGUGACAGAGUUCACUAUAAAUGGUGUUUUUUUUAUAGAAGAUAAUUAUCGGAAGCAGUGCCUUCCAUAAUUAUGACAGUUAUACUGUCGUUUGUUUUUUUAAAACUUAAAAGCAGCAUCUGCUAACAAUACCCAACAGAUACUGGAAGUUUUGCACUGAUGGUCAACGCUCGAGGGGGUUAGAAAAUGGCCGCAGCACUUGGGGGAGGGUUAAACUGGGCUGCUAAUCAAGCGAGACCUUUACCUGGCUGACCGAAGCACUUGCUAGAAGUGCAGCGAGCCGAGACGUCGAGGCUGUGGGAGAGCUCUCCACGUGCAGAAUAUGAUGCUCCGUUUGUCUGAGGUGCAACUUCCAAUGUUGCAAAAUUUCCAGUACCUCUUGUCACAAACCUAAGGCACAUUAUCGGAAGCAGUGUCUUCCAUAAUGUAUAAAGAACAAGGUAGUUUUUGCCUACCACGGUGUCUAAAUCGGAGACAGUGAUCUCCAUAUGCUACACUAAGGGUGUAUGUAAUUAUCGGGAACAGUGUUUCCCAUAAUUUUCUUCAUGCAAUGACAUCUCCAAAGCUUGAAGAUCGUUAGUAUCUAACAUGUAUUCCCAGCUCCCUGGAAUUCUGUCUCUUAGUUUUAGUCGUGGGAAUCCUUUGUGGUCAUGAUAGCACUUGGGCACCUAACAAGCCACUGCAGAAUUCAAUUCCUUCAGGAGCUCUCUCUCCUUUCUUUAAACCUGAUGUGGGUGUUUUGUUUUAUACUUGUGGUUUUCUGUGUGGCAGGGAUAGUAGCAUACAUUUACAUUGUUUUGCCGUUGACAAAUUGAACUUACCCCUUAUUUGCAUGUACCUCCUAUAAACUUAGUUCAGACAGCCAAGUCUGAAAUCAGAGUUGGCCUAAAGCAAGAUUUGGAGCAGGGCAAGAAGACCGACCGGUGGCCAAAUUGACAACAGGCUCUUUGGUCAUGUCUGCUUGUCCAUUAGGACAUGGUUGAAAGUUAAUGGAAGAGAGGAAGAAAUGUUUGAGGCAACAUGAGUCAAGACUUCAUUGUCUAGCUUUCCGUCACGGUGGAUAAACAGCUGUUUACUAGAGAGCAGUUCAAAGCUGCCACCUGAGGAAAAGUCGAUAGGGUCGCUUAGGGUUACCCACGUUCAGAUAGAUUCUAGAUGAUUCCAGCCUUUGGCUGAAUCACGACACUUUCACGUGUCUAUUUCAUCUACACAGUGUUUCAUCUUGAAAGUGUGGUGUAGCUAGGUGACGAGGUCCAAACUGGGACCCCUGGGUUUCUGGGAGUGUCGCGCACAUACUGUGGGAGCUCAGUGACUUCAAGCAUAGGUGAAAAUAAUGCAUCUCUUAUACAACAGUGAGUUUCCCCAAGCACCGCCCCCUUUCUGAUAGGCUUGAGUUACCGCUAAUCACGCAAGCCAGUGAGGGAUUAGAUGCUUAAUAUCCCUGCAUGAAGUGUCUGAGUAGUGGCAACCUGCUAGCGUUCCUGCUAAAGAUAUUAUGUGCAUUUUAAAGGUAAAGAAUUGUCUGUUCAUGACUCGCCAUGCAAGCACUUGUGUGACCAUGAUUGUUCAUUGUUUGUUCUUUGAAUGUUGUAAAACUUUUAUUUAGCUGGCUAAAGAUGACUUAUUACACUUGCCAGCCUCCUGCUCAUCUGUCUUCAUAAACAAGCAAUGAUGCCCUUUAACAUGUACAUGAGCUGGUAUGUGCCGCAAUGUGGAGAUUCCUUUAUCUGGCUGAAUAAAAUGCUUGAGUCCUGA